ACUGCAUGAGAUCCACUCCAACAGGCGGAUUGCGCUAAAGACUUCCCCUCCUUCUAGAUUCAUUACCAGUUUUGAUUAAUGAGGUACGCCUCCUAGCAAAAUAUCCUCGUUUCUGUUGAUUGCGUACCCAAUACAUCAGAAAUGCCGUCAAAAUCCGCCGCUGGAGAAAGGUAAAAAGAGUACGAUGAAACGCAGUACACGUGGCACACGCGUGAUUGGUGAUAGCGAUGAUGGUGAAAGCGAACAGGAACAAAAAGAGGAGGUGGAAUCAGCUGUAGAUGAGGAAGAAGACGAUGAACAAAUCGAGGAAGAGGAGGAGGAAGAUGACGACGAUGCAGAAGACGACGACGACGAAGCUGACGAACUUGAAGAUGAAGAGGAUGACCAAGAAAUAUCCACAGUAUCACGUUCGAGUAGAUCUUCAAGACGAAAAGGAAAGAAUGCUAAAUCAUCCCCUACAAAAGGAAGAGAUGUACCAACAAGAAGAGCAGCAGCAACUGCAACAAAACGAUCAGCAAAAUCACAAAAAGAAGUUGAUGAAUCGGAUGAAGAUGAAUUGAGCGCAAGUGAAGAAGAUAGUGAACAAAUGCAAGGUACACCAAGUGCUGCUUCAAAAUCAAAACGGAUCACAUUGAGGCUAUCCAAUUCAAAAGGUUCGAAAGGGAACGGCAAAGAUGCAAAAGCCAAAAAGGGAAAGAGCGCAAAGGCAUCCUCUUCUCGCAAUUCACGUGCAUCUUCCAGCAGACGAAAAGAUGAUGAUGACGAUGAUGAGGAAGAAGAGGAAGACGAAGAAGACGAAAUGGAAGAGGAUGUACAGGCAGGCGGUGAAUCAUCAGAAGAUUUCGAGAACGACAAUUCAUUCAUGUCUUUGCCCAAGACUGCACGUCAAUUGGCAAAAGAACGUGCCGCACAAGGAAUUGAAUCACCAGAAAGUGAAACAGUUGAACCAUUGGAUGGACAAAAUGAUGAAGAGACAAACAAACGAAAGUUGACCGAAAACGAACUUGCACUUAAACGAUCAGAAAUGGCGAGAAGGAGAAGAAAUCAAAGUGAGAAAAAGUUGGAAGACGAUAAAAUUGAAACGAUCAAUAGGUUAUUGAAGAAACAAGUUUCGAGAGGCAAACGUGCAGGCGGUGAAGAUGAAGGCUCAGAAGGAGAGAAUGAAGAAGAUGGUGACGGAAAGAAUCCGGAGAAACGUGCAAGACGUCAGCCUACAGCGUUGGAGCGUAAGCAACAGCCAAAACCAUUCUUCCGUUACAUCCAAACGAUUCAUGGUACUUCUUCACUCAGUAUACCCAUAGAAAAAGCGCCAGAGCCAUACAAACAAAAGUAUCAAGAAAUGUUUGGCAUCGCCACUCAGCAAUGAAGACACACACACAUAAGACAAAGUAUAGAGUUGAGUCUUUUUUUGCAUUUCAAAAACAGGAGGAGAAAAAUCACGAGAAAGGAUCCUGCAUCCUUUCCGCUUACAAUGU